AUGUCAAGAGCAAAAGACUAUGAAGAUUUCAAAGAAACUUUCAAAAGAUACGAUGAAUAUGUAGAUGGAGAAAUUUCAUGGAAUGAAUUUGGUUACUCACGUUUACGCAAACGUUCCACUCCUGUAACCAAGUCUGAAAUCAACAAGAUUUAUGUAGAGCUUGGAACUCGUGGUGAAGAUAGAGUAUUUGGAGAAGCAUCCAAGUUUCCUGGUAAUCUUCUAAUUCUUCCAUCUCUCUCAGUUAAACCUAAACUUAAGGAUAUGAUUAAUGUGACUCUGCCAGAAAAAGAGUCUAAUGUUGUAAAUAAUUCGGACAAGAACGAAAAGAAAACUGAGGAUCAAGCUCAAAAUGCAAAGGAACCUCUUGAAACUAUAGAGAUCAAUGAAGAUUGGGUUGUCAUAGAGGAUGACGAUGAUAAAGACUUUGAAUUAUGUUAGCUUUUUGGUUAUUGGAUAAUUCUUGCUUUUGAUGUUAAACUGAUUCUUUUGUUUAAGAUUUUCAUGGAUCUUUUCGUUUAUGGAGCUUUUGUUAUUCUUUUUUGCGUUAUUAUUCAU